AUGUCUUUGCCUUCAGUAGUAGAUGUUGGUUUCAUUCCAAAUAAGUAUUUGUUUGAGGCUAAUAUAAUAAACAGAACUUUGCAAAUUCAAGGAAUUGAAGGAUGUUUCUUGGACUUAUUAUCUAAGAUAUUAGGAUUCAGAUAUCGUUUGAAAUCUCCUGUUGAUAGAGAAUCUGGAACUAGAAAACCAGAUGGCAACUGGACUGGAUUAAUGGGAAUGCUUCAAAGAAAAGAAGUUGACAUGGCAUUUUAUUUCCUCACUCCAUCUGUAGAGAGAGCAAAAAUAAUUGAAUUCAGCGAACCUUAUGAUGUGAAUGAAAUAAGAUUUCUUGUCGACAAACCAGGACAUGUACCUGUGAGAUGGUCCAUUUUUUACCCAUUUGACUUUGCAACUUGGGUCGGUAUCCUUCUUAUAUUACUUUUAGGUCCAAAAAUAUAUAUAACUUUCCUUAAUCUUAAAAUUUCAUAUCCAAGACUUCUUUUUCAGUUGCUUGGAAGUAUGCUGCAACAACCGCUGACCAUACAGCUGCAUUCUGCCAAAGGCAAAAUAAUUUUAUUUUCAUGGGCUGUCUUUGCGAUGCUCAUAUCAUUGUGCUACUCAUCAAUAUUACUAUCGUUUCUCACAGUUCCUAUAGAAAAUCAGCCUCUGAAAAACUUUUUGGAACUGUCACAUGCCGUUGAAAAGGGAAGAUACAGAUGUUUUGGACUGAAAGGAUCGAGAAUGUUGGGAAUGUUCCGUUCUUCUCCUCAAGAGCAUCUGAGAAUUCUGGGAAAAGCCAUUGAAAAGAAUGCAUGGUUUUUUGAUGGCAAUAACAACAUAGAAGAACUAAGGAGUAUUUUAAAAAGAACAGCUAUUAUUGAUAAUCUGUUUAAAUUACGAUUAUUUCAACGAACGCUGAGACAUGAUUCUUCUGUGCUAUCACAAGAUGUCCUUGAAACUAUAAAUUUUAUAAUAGCACUGAGAAAGGAUUUUCGUUACAAGAAAAAGUUGAAUAAAGCGAUAUCUAAAAUAAGAAGUGCUGGAUUGUAUCAGAAGUUAGAGAAAGAUGAAUUUCUGAGAGUUACUCUGAAAUACAAUGUCUUAGACGAAGAAGAUGAUGCUAUGCAGUUGAAAGUUAUUGACAUGGCUGGCACGUUUGCUUUCAUUGCAAUUGGCUAUUUUCUCUCAUUUUUAGCUUUAUUAUAUGAAAUCAUUCAUUACCGCAUAACUAAUAAGAUAUUAUAA